AUGAGUUUAGCAUUUCUCCACGCGCAUGACUGCACAGAACCCCAUUCUGACGCUGUUUGGGGGGUUGCAUGGACUGCUAAUGAUACAGCUAUCUCCGUCUCUGCCGAUGGCUCCGUGAAGCAGUGGUCAUCAGCUGUUGGACAACCCCAUCCUCCCAAUGCAUCAUUCCCUCCACCGCAUACACUGGCUCAAGUUUCUUUAUCGGUUUCCAGAGAUGGAAGAAGGGCCCUCUAUAACAGUAUAGAGGGUUUGACUAGCCUGUGGAAUCUAGAAAAUGGGGAAGUAGUAGGGACAUUUGAGAGUUUUACCAGAGUGAAUGAGGAUUCUGAACCAUCUUGGUCAGUUUCCCUUCAUCCCAGCAGUGACACGUAUGCUUCUACUGGAGGAUCCGGCAAUGUUCACAUUCACUCAGCUAAACCCGAGAACUUUGGGCAACGCAUCUCAACUCUAUCGUCUGGAAGGAACAAAUUUGGAAUGUUCUGCGCUUAUAGUCCAGAUGGUCAACGCGUUGCCAUGUCCUCUGAAUCAGGACAAAUCUACAUUUUCGACGUUGAAUCUGGCAAUUUAUCGUUUACAUUCACUUCUCAUGCAAUGUCCGUUCGCUCCUUAGCUUGGUCUCCCGACUCCAACCUCCUCCUGAGUGCUUCUGAGGAUAAGCGUCUCCUUUUGCACGAUGUUCGCACUGCGCCUGGAGGAGCAGUGGCCUCCUUUUCGGGACAUUCAUCAUGGGUUCUCAGCACUGAUAUUUCUCCUGACGGCCGUCUAGGACUAUCUGGAUCCGCAGAUAAAACUAUUAAGGUUUGGGAUAUUGGCGCACGGGCAGCGGUCUCAACAAUCCAAGACACUGGGGAAGUUUGGUCUGUGUCAUGGCGCCCAAAACCUGCAGCUGUUGGUAGCCCAGGAGCGUUCGUCAGUGGAGGGGAGGACGGCGUGGUGAGAUGGUGGCGAGGAGCUGGAUCUUCCACAUCAUGA